AUGGGGAAGUUGAAUUAUACCAAUAGGAGGAUUAGCGGAGAAAAGCUCGGGAACGCUGUCAAAAGGGACAUCCUAAAAUGCAUAAUACAAUCAACAAAGCCGGGCAGAGUCCUGAAGGACCCACAUCUUGAGCUCAACCUUCAAGGAAAGCACCUCUGUGAUGGGGGUUUGAAGCUUGCCUGUGAAGGUUUAGCUGUGACCCUCGAGUCCGGGUGUUCGAAGCUGGAUGAACUGAAUCUAUCAGAAAAUAAGAUCACUUUAAUUGGCCUAAGUCAUCUUACUCGAGUUAUCAAACUCGCUGCUAGAGAUCUGAAAGAUUUAGACCUAAGUCGUAACAAUAUUCAAAUCAUUACACAGGAUGAUGAAGGGAUUUGGGAAAGCUUUUUGAUGGGAUUCAGAGAUGUUUGCACACUGAGACGAUUGGAUCUCUCCGAGAACCCACUUGGUGAUAAAGCAAUGGAGGUAUUACUGAGUGUUUAUGUACGGGAGUCACCAAUACUUCUACCCAGAGCGGUAAAGCCAGUGCUCGCCGAGAGCUCAGACGAGGAGUACUAUCCAGAUUUCGAAGCUGAUUCGGACACGGACACCAUAUUCUCCUCCGGGCCUCAGCCACUGCAUAGUUAUCCUAGUCAUGAAAACUUCUCUGAGUCUCCACCCAGCCCGCAUUCGACUAGCGUUCUGAAACCAAACAAACCGUAUAUUGCUGAGAAUUCGUCUCUUGACCGAUCACCCACCCUCUCGCUCUCAACGUCCCUUGUCUCAAGUCGAGUAGAAAUUCAAGGCUUACGAUCGAUUCCUUAUUUAAUAUUCUCAAAGUGUGCCCUUUCAGACAAGGGGGCCCUUUCUCUCUCUUUUAUCAUUCCCGUGCAUUAUACACCAGAACGAUUGCUAUCAUAUUUCCCUCCCACACGCCCUGGAAGUCAAACCGAGAUCUUUGACCGUUAUGAUAGAAUUCCAGGCUGUUCUGGGAUUGUUUAUCAAGAAAACGAACUGACAGCUAUGGGCUUCAAAGUACUUGAACUAGCUGAGGGCAUGCGUGAAAAUCGUACACAAACGCCUACUAGCCCUAGGAGUAGGCAGGUAUCCGAAACCUCUAAUGGAUUGCUGACACCUCUAAAACAUAGAAAGGACAGUUUUUCGUCACAAUCCCCCCAUAGUGUGCCCCAGGGAGUCACUAGUUCUGAGCUCGAAAGAGCUCGAAGCAAGAUACAGGGGGCUAUAUUAAAGAAUUAUGGGACAGGUCCUAUUGCGGUCUGGAAAAUAGCUAUUAAAACGCUUUCGAUUAGUCGAACGAUAUUUUUCGGUAGCGAAGACCCGGGAGCUGAAUACCUCACACUCUCUACACGCACCUCCCAACGACAUUCUCCAAUUCGACAAGCAUCCAACACAUUCAAUCCGAGAUUCUCUGGCCUACAUGUAGGCUCACUGAAUUUCCCACACGCUGCACAAUUCCAACAGCAUCACCCCAACAUUCUUGACGGCCAAGGGGCAUGGAAUGGGCCAAAUGUUUCUCAGCUUGGCAGCCCCACAAUAUCGCAAAGGGAUAUGCCUGAUUUUCCGAGCCCAUUUCGGUACAGUUGUUCUUCUACCACAGAAACGUCAGAGCUCGAAGAGCUCCAAGAAAAGAUGCCAAGAAAGCUCCCGGGAAAUCUUCCAACCGAGCUUUGGACAAGAAUUAUCGCACUUGUGACGGAUCCCAAGGAUGUGUUGUCUGAGAAACAGCGGAAAAACAUAGUUGCCUGGGCCAAAACAAGUGAAUCUCUAGAAAGGGAGAGGGAUUUGGCGGGGAAAUUAAGGUCCGUUCAAAUCUGGAGAGUACUGGAGGCAUUAGAGUGCCUAAGCUAUGAGUUUAAAACUGGCAAGGAGACCUAG